CAUGAGAAUCGUUCCUGUAUUGACUCUUAUCUUCGCAGUCGCAACUGCUAGAGUGGCAAAGACAGAGAGCCCUAAAGAAGUGUUGGCUUAAAUUAACAAGGAUUCAUUUGGAAAUUCAGUGUUGUCAGUCCUUUAACUUUAAUUGGCAACAGGUGGACCUGUAGGUGAAAUUUAAAUUCUCUUAAACAAUAUUGCUUCCCAACUUAAUGGAGAUUAAAAGAAAGCUGACAAAGUUCAUGAAAGUGAUACAGUUGCUUUCGAAAAGGUUAGUAUUAUUCAAUUAAUUUUGUUUAGAUUAUUGCUGACUUAGAACAAGAAAUUGCUUAUCAUGAAAGCUAAAUUGUUGCUCUUUCAAAUUUGAGAGAUUCAACAACUGAAGCUUUAGAAGAAGCUGAAGUUGAAGUUAGAGUUGUUACUUCAGAUAUUGCCAAUAACGAAAAAAGCUUUGCUGAUGAAUCUGCAACAAGACAAUCAUAACAUGAAACAUGGGUUAGAAAGGAUGCAGAACAUGUUGAUUAAAUGGAUGCCAUUGAUGAAGCCUCAAAGAUUGUUUAACAUUUAUAAGCUGGUGUUGCCUUUGCUUAACUCAAAAGUAGAUUUGAAAAAGUCUAAGCCAAAUUGAUGGAAUCUAAACAUGCACUCUUCAAAGUAUUCAUUUUAAUCUAAAUUCUAGCCACUCAUCAAUGCUUUGACAUAAUUAGCUUCAAAGGUUGACAACAAGAGCAUCAUCAAAAUAUUAGAACUCUUAGCUUAAAUUAGAUAACAAUUAGUUGCUAGUAGAGCAUCCUUACUUGCAACAGAAGAAAGACAAGCUGCUAAUUGGGAAGUUUAAAGCGGUCAUUUAUAAGAAGAACACAAGAGAUUAGUAGAAAGAAAGGCUUUCUUAGAAAACUCAAUUGUUUAAUUCAAAGUGACCAUCUAAGAAGCUGUUGAAGAUUUAGAAGAUCAAACUGUAAAUAUUAAAAUUAAUUUAAUAGUUAUUCCUUGAAGAUGCUGAAGAUUCAUUAGCUAUUUAAUAAAGAUGGGCUGCUGAAUAAGAAGCUCAAUAUGAAGCUUAAACCUUCGAAAGAGAACAAUAAUUGGAAGUUGUUGAAAGAUUAUAAGAAGUUCUCACUUAAAAAUUGAGCGCUGCAUCAGAAUUCCUCCAAAUCAGAGAAGAGGUCUUUUGAUU